ACGAAAUGAACCAGUCAAAUACGCCCAUUGAAUAUGGCGACUAAACAUCGAAGUAAUGGUGGUGGUGUUGAUAGGGUUUCAAAAAAACUGCAAGCUAGCGUUGAACGCGGUGAUUAUUAUGAGGCCCACCAAAUGUAUAAAACACUGUAUUUCAGGUUUAUGAAUCAAAACAAACAUGCCGAAGCCAUUGAACUCAUUUACUCUGGGGCCAGUCUGCUCCUUGAACACAAUCAACAUGUGAGUGGUGCAGAUCUUUGUAUUUUACUCGUUGAGGCCUUUGAUGCAUCUGAUGCUCCAGUCAACUCAGCUAAUAUAGCCAAAGUGACUGGUUUAUACAAGCAAAUACCAGCAGAUAUACCAGAGAGGGAACAUUUCCUGAGUGCUGCGUUGAAAUGGUCGGCGAAAGGUAACCCCAAGAAAGGCUGUAGUCACCCUGAGCUGCAUCAGCAAGUUGCACUUAUAUUCUGGAAUGAAAAGUCAUAUGCCUUAUCUCGUUACCAUUUUGUACAUUCCAUGGACGGAAAGCAAUGCGCAACUAUGUUGGUAGAGUUUCACACAACGCAGGGCUAUCCUAGCGAAGUAGAUAUGUUUAUCACACAAGUUGUAUUUCAGUAA